CAGAAUUUCCUUUAUCGUCAGCUAAGUAUCAGAAUGAGCUGUUUGUGAUUGUGAUGUUAGCGUCAGUCGGUGUCAGUUGCUGUACUGAAAUUAGAUCCUGUCCAGGUUUUUUCUUACCACGGUGUGAGAAGGAGCAGAAAGGCUGAGAUGACAGCUUACAGCUUCAAUAUCUUCAUCAUCCUCACAGUUUAUUCGAGCUUCAGCUUCCACCCAAGUCAAGGUUUUAAGGUGAUUCAGCCGCAGUAUCAGACUAUAAACCCGGAUGGAUCAGCCUCUAUCAGCUGUGAGCACAAAGCAAACGUCAGUUCUGUUAAAGAUGUUCGACUCAACCGCGUCUCAUUACGAGGCGGAUCUGAACGGUCGAUGCUCUGCCAGAAGGGAAAGACAGGCUGUAAGAACACUGUCAUGUAUCAAGAGAAUCCCAACAAGUUCAUUUUCAUCUUGCUCAACAUCGGUCCAGAGGCCACGAAAGUGGCAUACGAGUGUGAGUUCACGGUGAAAACUGGUCCACUAGACAACACCAAGAGAGGAACACCAACCCAACUAUGGGCAGGUCAAAACAAAACAGAGGACUGCGUACCUCCCUCUCCCCCUCCUCCUGCUCCUCCUCCCCCUUCUCCUCUAGUGGGUUAUCAACUCAUCUGGAUUCUGAUUGGUCUGCUGGCUCUGAUAAUACUCUACAGCUCUGUCAUCACCUACGUCUACAUCAGAUUCAGGAUGACUAGCAACAACAAAGAACCUGACAACUGCACCUAUGUGGAAAUGAGGAAAGCUCCUCUGAAAGCGGAUUCACCUCUCGGCAUUUACUGCGGGUAGCUGACCCGUGUCUUUUAACCACCGCUGAGGGAAAACAUGGACACUCCGACCCUUGGGGUGCUAUUUCAUGCAACUGGUGUCAUCGUAUCAAACUCUCACUCUUUUUGUGGAUGUGAUGAAAACCAUUGUAAUACUGAAGCUAAACAGCAGGGUGAGACAAAGACUGUCUAAAGCAAUGAUGAUUCUGCUACUGUGCUUGUUCAUCUCUGCUUUUAAAGCAGCAACAUUAUAUUAUCCAUUAAAUAGAACAUAUAUACACACACAUACAUAUAUAUGUAUAUAUUUGAAUAUGUACAAUUUAUUAUUAAUUUUUUCAAUAAUUUUGUUGCGGAAAAUAUAUUUAGUAAUCAAAAGGAAUCACCUGGGAAAGAGAGAACAAGAGGAUAAAUGGGCAGAGAAGAGAAAAAUGAAUGAAUCGGAUAUAAAGCUCCUAAGAACUGCUCUUCACCAUAAAUUGUCCUUUUAUAUUGUCCUUUUUUCCCCAAUGAUACCUGAAGUCCAUGUCCUUUAUAUUUGCACUCUAAAUGUUGAUUUAACUUUUGUUUAUUUCCAUUGUGUAGCCAAUGUACUUUAUUUUAUAUACUGUAUAAUUCACAUUGCUAUUUCGGUCCAGUCUAUAGCAGCACUUUAGGGCUUUACUGGUAAUGCUGGGCAUAUCUCCCACCAUGCCCAUCAUGGCCCCUGAUCCAGAAGCCCUCAUCACACAGGGGAUGGGCCUCCUCCAUUAGAAUCUGGAGGAGUGGGAAGAAGGGUGAACCCCUGCAAUGAGCCAGACUCCUACUAUAAGUCUGGGUGUUCUGCCCUUAAACAUCCCCGAAUAAAACAAAAAUAAAAGGAAGAAUACGACAUGUGGUAAUUAUGUCAAAUAAAGAGCCGCCUCCAUUCCUGCUGCCUUUGAACACGGUAGUAAGUGUAUUCACCAUGACAUGUAGUUACUAUUUCAUUUGUUUUGUCUUGAUAUUUGAAUGUUCUGUUGUACUUAUGUCCGUUUUAGGGUAGCUUUUAUUUCGCCUCAAUAUAUUUCAUCAAUAGAAAAUAUAAAGGACAACCCUACCCAAACUUAAAGUUAAAACAUUUUAAAUAUGAGGCCCAGUGUAAACAUGAUGGUUGUGUAUCUGACAAUACACAGAUUUGAGGCCUACAACAUAAAAUGCGUGAAUGUAUAGCUGCUCCCAUUGAUUAUAUUUUAGGUGCAAUGCUGACAAUGGACAGGAG